AAUCCGCCCCGUAAACGCAUUCGCUCGUACGCUCUGUCUAAAAGCGGACUUAAGUAGUAGAGGAGACUUGUUGUCGCUACCGUCCUCAUCGUUUGUUGUAGUCGAACCGUAACAGCCGAACACGGUUUGAGACCGAAGAGGACGCAGCUGGACAUUACCAUCGGGAUAUUAAAGUCGCGUGGCGUAAAUCAACACGAGGAAUUUAUUCGUGUAAUUUCUCGCGAGCGACAGUGAAGAGCUCACUUGCAACCCCCUUUUAUCGCAUCAGUGAGCGCUAUCAGGUCGAGAACUGACGAUUGAAAGACGCUCAAGUCGAUCGAUCGUCAAGUCGAGAAACCGCCGAUAUUAAUCGCUACCAGAGAAAUCUGUCAGGAAAGACGAGUGUCAAGAAAGAUAUGAUGGCAGUAGCAGCCGCCCAGAAGAACCGUGAAAUGUUCGCCAUCAAGAAAUCUUACAGUAUUGAGAACGGAUAUCCAGCGCGAAGACGUUCCCUCGUAGACGAUGCUCGCUUUGAGACGUUGGUCGUCAAGCAGACGAAGCAAAGCGUACUCGAGGAAGCUCGACAACGAGCUAAUGACACGAAUGCCGAUCAGACAAUCACUUGUACUCAGGAGCAACAGGGACAAGGAGAGCAUUAUGUUGAUGUUUCAUCAAGUGACGACGAACAAGUAGAGUCGUUAAUUUGCGCAGCAAAGAAGGAAGAAGCGAAAGCGGAGGCUUCGGAUAGCGAUGGAAAGCCAGAUGAAGACGAUGAUGACGAUUCCGGAUUAACCGAGGAGAAAGCCAGAUGA